GAACCAGAGAGCAGCAGCAGCCGCUCGUCGAGCCCCUUCUCCCGGCAGAGAUGCCAUUUCUCAACGGCAUCUACUACCCCUACCCCGGUGACCCCCCCGGGACCCACUCCUCCGCCGGGAUCCAGUCCCUCCUGAACUCCCCGAUGACUCCUUCCACCGGCACCUCCACCGCCCCCCCCUUCAGAUUCCGCCCUCGCACGGAGACGGUGGACUGGCGGCGGAUCAACACGGUGGACGUCCACCUGGUGAUGAGCCAGCUGGACAUCGAGGCUCUGCAGGAUCACGUCAGCACAGUGACGUUCUGCAGCCUGGACGGGGAGCGGUGCCAGCAGUGCCGGAGCCCUGUGGACCCGGGUCUGCUCAAGCUCCUGCAGCUGGCGCAGCUCACUGUGGAGUGGCUGCUCCACUGCCAGGAGGUCCUCCAUCUCCACCUGCAAGCGGCGGAGGAGAGGCUGGGGGGGGCGGGCAGGGAGCACAAGCAGCUGCUGGAGGAGAAGGUCGAGCAGGAGGAGAAGGUGAAGGCGCUGAGAGAAGAGCUGGUGCUGAAGGGGAAGGUGGUGAGCGACCUGCAGUCCAAGCUGCUCCUCAGCAGCCACAAGUGUCAAAUUUGUAAAAAAGGCUUCUUGUCUCCCCAAUUCCUCCAAAAUCACAUGCAACGCCGUCAUCCCGAGGACCACGAGAGCCAGCUGCAGUCGGACAGUGAAAAGAAAUCCCAGAUUGAAAUUCUCAAGAUGGAGAUCAGUGGCCUGAAGGAGUUGAACGUUCAACUGCAGCAGAACCUGCAGCUCAAAACAGCUCAGGAGAAGGAGCAGCAGUCCAAGCUCAAAGACCUUGAGAGAGAGCGAGACCGUUUUAAAACUGAGGAGAUGACUCGAAUGGAGAGAAAAAUCGAAGACACCAGGGACGGCAUGCGUAGAGAGAUGGAAUCUAUGUACAACCGGAAUGUUCAGGCUGUCAAUGCAUUGAAUCAGAACCAGAUAUCCAAGCUUGAAACCUCAGCCGACUCUGCUCACGCGCAGACACAAAUCAUCCAAAAGCUGGAGCAGCAGCUGAAGAAGCAGGAAAAAAUGUGGGAUUCCGUGCUGCAAAAAAACAAGGAAAAACACGAGUCUGAAAAGAAUCAGCUGCUGGACGAGCUGAGCAGAAGUCAGUCGUCUGUGUCCAGAGAGCAGGAGCGAAGCCAGCAGCUGCAGCAGGAGAUGAGACGGAAGCUGCAGGAGGCGCAAACCAUCAAGGCUCAGAGGGAGCAGAUAAGAAAUAGUUCCUCAAAUACACCCACCAAAGUAGUGGAAGUACCAGUGGUGGUCAGCGCACCAGCACCAGAGCCCAAACCAAAGAGGGUUGUUCUUGACUGGAGCAGCGCCUCUGAGAGGAGGCCUGAGCCGGUUCCAGAGAAGAAACAGAGUCCGAGCGUGACGGCCAAUGCUCUGAAGAGGAACCCCAGCAUCAAGAAGGAGAUGCGACGAGAGAUCGAGCAGGCCGUCGCAAGGAACCUGGAGGACCUGGGGGUCAAGCCUAAUCAAAGUGGUGUGAAGAACAGGGAUUUCACUUCCCUCAUGGCCAAAGUGCAUUCAAAGCAGGACCAAGUUGCAAAGGUGCUGCCUGGAUACUGGCACUGGCGGGAGAAGCUCAGCCGCAACGUGGAAGAGAAGAUGAGAGAAGCUCCUCCAGAGACUCGGGCUCGAUCCAGACACGCGGUUCAAGGCAGACAGUCCAAGACCCCCCAGCCAGCGGCGAGGGCCAAGAGCACCACCCAACCCAAGACGUCUACACCCAACAGCAAGGCUGCUCUGAGGACCUUCACACUCAAUUCCGAUGAGGACUCUGAAGAGGAGGACACGGAGGAGAAACAGCCCCCGAAACACCAGAGGGGCAGAUCAGCACAGACCAGAAUGAACCGGGCGACCCCGGUCCACAUCAGAGCCGACAAAGCCAUUCCGGUCCAGACCAGGCAGGCCGUUACCAGGCAGACGUUCUCCUCCAGCACCCAGCAGCCGUGGGGGUCAGUGGGGGUGGUGACCAAGACGGCAGUGAAAAAGAUUGAGAGCGAUGAUGAAGAUGAUGAUGAUGAUGAUAAGGAGGAGUGGGCUGAAUUGAGCGAGCUGCAGGAGAUCGACUCCAAACAGCUGCAGGGAUACAGAGACCAGAAUGGCAACUUGGAUAAGAGGAACUUCAAGAGAGAUAAGAAAAUCACUGUCCUGGCCAGAAAGGUGGAGCAGAAGUUUACAGAGAGAACAGCAAAGAGACCAGCAGGGGGCGUCAGCAUUUUGAGAGAGAAGAGAGACGAGGUGCAGGAGCUGAUGUACACAGAUGUCGAGGAGAGCCAGGAUUCGUCGGGCUCCUCCUUAGAGGACCGACAGGAAGUAUCUAAACCAGAUCCGGGCUCUGGACUAAUGAGGAAGAGUCUGGACUCAUCCAGCACCAGCGUGUGGGGAACCUCCACAGGAAAGGCUCCCAGAUCAGCAGGUCUGACUGAAGCCGGGACAGGAAGCACCCUGAAGAGCAGCCUGUGCUCCCUCAGCGACUUCAACGACUCUGAGGAAUCGAGCAAUAAACCCAGUCGACACUACAGCUGAUCAGGUGACGUUACGCUCCGUCCAGCACCGAUGCAAAGACCUCAGUCGCCUCCUCUGACGUCUACAGCCGAUGCCAGAACAGCCAUAUUUUAUACUUCUGCUAGUAGAGACAUGAGCAAUAAUUACCAUCAUCUAGUAAAUAUAACAAUUUCAUAGACUUUUCUUGUUUUAAGUCCCACUUCAUAUCUUGUGCCAAGUGUUUGUUCGCCUCACACCUUUAAAUCCAUCCUGACUCCUCCCACACUCAGUGAGGUAGUGGAUGCGGUUUGUGUAAAAACAUGUGUACAUCAGAUUUUAUAUUGUUCUUCUUGUGUGAAACCAAGCAAUGAGAUGUGGUUUUGUAUUGAAAAUAUUUAUACCAGCAAUAA